UUAUAAAGGGUUCUCUGGCUUCUAUCUGGAGACCUCACUGUGAAGGGUCAAGAGUAGAAAUGAGAAAGCUGGAAAAUAAAGCUAUCAGUCGGUCAAGAUAAUGAUGGCUUGGAUCAUGGUAAGGACACCUAGAGAAAAAUGUAUGCAAGUGCAGGGAAGUCAGUAGAGAGCAUGGGGGAGGUUUGCUGUCACUAUCCUUUAAGAAUGGGACAAUGGGAGCUCUAAAGAGCAACUCCAAGUCUGUCAAGACUUGCAUCCCAAAAUAGGAGCAGGUUUGGUGAGUUAGGAUUUAGGGGUGUCCUGAGGGGGUCAGACAUGAGAACUUGAUUCUGGGAACUGAGAGUACUGUUUGUUCUGGAAAAUUAAUGAUGUGAUUUAGAGGAACAGCCCAAGGGCAGGGCACUUUCUCCUCGAAAGUGAGAAAAGAGCCAGGACCUUCCACAGGAAGCUGCUGAAGACAAGGCUUGCGGCAUGUUUGCUUUGUCUGUGUUGAUGAUAGUUUUUCUGUUCUGCCCGUAUUGGGGUUCCCUUCAUAAAAACGAAGAAGGUAUGACCAUAGCUGGCAUAGUCUUUGGUAAACCGUUCAUUUGUGACAUGAUUAGGAUUCAAGACCAGUCAGGGGUACAUAGAGAAAUAAUAUCUCAACAAAACAAAAUAAAACAAGACAUUUCUCUCUCACAAGAUUAUUGUAGGCGUCUUAUUCAGGGAAGGUUCUACUAUGGGCCAAGAGUAACUUCUGACAGAGAAGGGCCUAGUUGUAGAAAUUUUCUCCAGACCACAUUCACUAAAUAUUUCUUUCUGCAUCUGACAGAUCUUGGAACAUUGUGUUACAAAUGUAAGAAAUAUCAUCUUGGGUUAUGUUAUGAUAUGAUGAGAUCCUGUUCACUGAAGCAUAGGCAGUCCUGUGCUGCUGAGAACUUUUACAUACUCACACCAAAAGGGCAGAGCAUGUAUCAUUAUUCAAGACUGUCAUGUAUGACCAACUGUGAGGACAUCAACUUCCUGAGUUUUGAAAAGAGGACGGAGCUCAUCUGUUGUAAACACAGUAGCUACUGCAACCUCCCAAUGGGACUAUAGUUUUGAAUUUCCUAUGGAUUUGGGGUCAUUCUUCAACUAAAUUCCCACUCCCUUUCCCCUAAAGUCUGUGUUUUCUCUCCUAUCAGAACUAAUGGUAGAGAAUGAGAAAGCCAGUGAAUAGGGAAGCAGUCAUGGGACAAAUUGGUCUUCGAAACCUGGGUUGUUUCCAGGUUCUGGCUAUUACGAAUAAAGCUGCUACAAACAUGGUUGAGCAAAUGUC